UCACACAGAGACUAAAACACACACCCAAGGAGCCAAGGCCAAAAUUAUAUAUCAAAUUAGAAACAACAACAGACACAACGGAGAACGGGGAAUACAAAACGAAUCGAAAUUUUUUGAAAACAAUUGUAAAAAUUAGCUGAAACGAAUAAACUGAAGAAGUUCAAGAAGCAAUAUGCCCAUGACACUGCCAUGUGUGUCAAAGCGCAGCACACUGACCCUGCAUUCUGAUUGUUAUGAUAAGCGUGGACGUAAAAUUUAUCUAGAGCCACCAGCUCCAGCUAUGCCACUAGAACCGGAUAUUGUAUCCUGUGGAAAUCGUGGCGGCGGUGGUAAAUUGAGAUCAGGUUCAAAGCAACAACAACAGCAGCAGCAACGACGUACUCUGCCACCUGGCACACGAGCACCAGGUGCAGUGGCUACAGGAGGAGCUGCUGCUGCUGCUGCUGCUGGUGGUGGCGCACCUCGUGGAUCUCUAGCUGGAAGUCGUCGCAAAUUCGGCAAUAAGCCGCCACCGUCGCAAAAACGUAUUGAGGGAGCCAAAGCCACGUUCUUUCAUGUCCAGGGACAAUCAUGGGAAUCGAAAGGGUUCGCUCAGUUGGAUGCUGUAGAGGUGGAACGUAUGCGUGCCACCCGUCCACGAACAGCUGAAGAGAAACUGUACGACCAGGAGCGACGACUAGAUGAGCAGCGUCGUUAUAAUGAGGAGGCAGAACGCAUACGAAACUAUUUUCAUGAUAUUGACGAAGUGCGACGCGAGAAGGAGAGGGAGAAGGAAAGAGAGCAGGAUGCUCUGGCCGAGGAUAAUAUCGAUGAGGGAACGCGUACAGAGGCUAAGCGUGUACAGGUCCUUCACAAGGCCUUAAAUUCACGAUAUGAGUCGGAUGUGCGUGUUAAAGAAGCAACGCGCGCCAUCAAUGAGGCAAAGUGUAGUGCCAUGUGGACCGCCCAGAUACAAGAGCGUCGUCUUCUCGAUCGUAUUAAGGCCAACUUCGAUGAGGAACAGAAUAGCAAGAAUAACGAAUAUAAUCAAUCCAAAUGGGGCACUCUUGAGCAAAGGGACUUAAAUGAGACCGAAAAGCGUAUGAAAUUCGGCAAUGCUGUUCGUCAACAGAUAAGUGAUCGUGAAAAAUUACGCUUUAUGGCUCAAGAUCGAAGUCGUGACGAGGCCAAACAGGUGCAGGCCGCCAUCGACGAAUUUAAACGUUUCGAGGCCGAGCAGUCCUUGCUUAAUAAUACACGUAAAUCGGCCUAUCGUGAUGAAUUGCACAAGUAUAUUAAAUUGCAUAAGGACUUCCGUCGCCUGAUGUGCGAGCAAGAGCAGCGCGACGAGAGGCGUGCCUAUGAUUAUGUUCUCGAAAAGGAAAAGAAACGCAAGGCGGAUCGUGCUGAACGUGAGGCUAUUGAAGCCGAUCAGAAGCGUAAACGUGAUAUAUUGUUCGCUGUGCAGCAGAAGAUAAUCGAUGCUAAGGAUAACCGUGAUGAAAUGCGUUUCCUUGCCGAACGUGAACGAUUGGAGCGACGGUAUCGCGAUGAGGAACGUCAAGCAGCAGAAAAGGAACGUCGCCUUGUGACCGAACUUAAGCAAGCGAAUCUGGAUCAAAUGGAGCAGAUAAGCAAAUUGAAAGCCUGCUAUUAUGUGCAACGUGAAAAGGAAUUAAAACAAAUUCUCAAAGAUCGCAAUAAAUUUGAAGAGGAGAAAAAGAAAGAAGCCGAACAGCUGCUCGCCAAGAAGGAUGACCUGCGCACUGCAGUGGCCAUGCAAAUGGAGGAGCGCGAGAAGAUUCGUCGCCGUGAUCAGGAGGAGGAACGUUUAAAUUAUGAGAAAUCACGGGCAGCUGAAGCUUUGCGACAGAAAGAGAUCGAUAUGGUAAUCGCUGUUAAAUUGGAUGAUUUGGCCAAAAAAAAUUGUCUUCCAAACGUUACAUUGCGUUCGCUGACUGGACGAUUGACUUAUGCGGGUCAAAAAAAAUUGGGCGCCAAUUUAAGUUAGAUGAUGAUUUUGGGUUUUGCUUCCAUUCGUUUUAUUUCAUUCUAUUCGAAUAUGCACACACACACACACACACACACACGUGGACACAUUCGCACACAUUUGUUUAGAUGACAAUGCUUUCCUCUACUCAAAGUCUCCAUCUCUACCCACACCUCUUGAAAAAGUGCGGCAUUAAAACUUAAAGCAUACUUUUGUGGUGGUAA